GUAAUUAUUAAUAAACUACAUUUUGGAAAAUUAUAUUAAAAAAAUAUAUUAUAUUUCUUUGGAAAAAAACGAAUUCUAACGAAUGGGAGCUAUGUUUUAGUAGGUACAUGAAAAUUGAACACUGCCAAAAAUAUGUACUCCAAGCCCGCGAAAUGUCAGCAGACAAGUAAACACAAAUGACACGACUGAUUGAAGGUUGUAAAUUUGCUUAUUCUUAACAGCAAAAAAAAAAUGAGAUGGAAAAUCUAUAUGUCUUAAAAUGUAGGACAUUAAGUGGGUUGCGGUUGUGUGCUUACAGGUAAAACAACAAACUCAAAUGAGCGAUAUUCAAAACUAUAACAAAAUCACAGGAGAAAGUUCCGUCAAUGAACACCAGCAAGAUGGCGGAGACGAAGAUUCAGACGUUAACGUGCCAAAAGAGGUUCCUGGAGGAUCUUUGCACUCGAUUUUGGUGGAAGAACCGGCACCAUCGGACGACAGCUCAAGUUAUAGCAUGACCCUUAGUGAAUUUGAAGAAGAUCGAUGGUACAACCCGUCUUCAUUGGCUGAUGACGUAACCGAACUAGAGAAUAUUCAAAGAUUAAUUAAAUAUAUAAGAGUAGGCAACCAAACUGCCACGACGAUUGCUCUGGCAGCCUUGGCGGACUAUGAUCUUCGUAAUGAAUCUACUCAGAGCAUUGUGAUCAACGCUGGUGGUACAGAACUUUUGAUCAACCUAUUAGAAACUGAUCACAAUGAAUGCCGACACGGCGCCUUGGCAAUACUGCAUGAAAUGUCGUUUAUGUUGGGCACGAGAAGGAAUCUAACGAAUUUGGGCGCAAUACCCAUUUUGGUGAAACUAUUGUCGGAAAGAUCAAUCGAUAUGCAAACUCUCGCGGCCCAGACGUUAGCUAAUGUUGCGACGAUAAGAAAAGGUCGGAAGUUCAUUCGAAAAGCCGGCGGUAUAGAGUUAAUGGUAAAUUACAUGGACGUACCUCAGCAAAUUUUGAAAACCGAAAACGAUCUGCUCCAGCCCGCGCAACAGAAAUCGCUGAGUUUGCUGUGUAAAUGUUCACAAGCUCUUUGGUACAUGUCAAAGUCGGAUAAAAAUAAAGACGUGAUGAGACGUUCCGGCAUUAUACCGGUAAUGGCAAAAUUGUUGACUUCGUCGCACGAAGACGCGGUCGGCUCCAUUAUGGGAAUUAUCGUUAAUUGUGCCACACAAUGCAUUUUCCGAACGGCCAUCAAAGAACAAGGCAUGCUGGUAGAUAUUUUAAAACUUCUAAAGAGUCCCGACUUGACGAUGUUGAAAAAUGCUGCUGAAAUUACAUUCAACUGUGCCGAAGAUCCCGAAAGUCGGAAAAUGAUUAAAGAACAAGGUGGCUUAAACUCGUUAGUGAACAUCGUUAAAAUCGAGUCACAUAGGUCAGACAUAAAAUUAAUGGAAGCUGCUACUGGUGCUAUAUGGAAAUGCUUAAUGAACUCAGAUAACGUGAAACGGUUGGAAGAUAUUAACGGCAUCCACGUUUUAGUAAAAUUACUGGAUUCGGAGAGCGACGAAGUUAUAGCCAACACGGUAGCGUCGAUGGCGGAAUGCACGAAAAUUGUAAGAAAUAAAAUUGCAUUGAAAACCGCCGACGGAUUAGUGCCCAUAAUUAAGUUAUUGCAAGAUUCCAGCCACGAACGGAUCUUAAUAAAUGUUUGCAGAGUAAUUGACAAUUGUGCCACCGAACCACAAUGUAUUGAACAAGUGAUGAACAAUGACGGCAUACGUUUAGUGUGGUCCAUGAUGAAGUUCGAUUCCACUCGAGUUCAAUCCACGGCUGGGCAUACGCUGGUCACUCUACUUAAGAACACUAAAGAUUCUGGCGACAUCAUGCGUUCUUUAGUGACUGGGUUGGUUAUGUUGGUCGAUUUACUGAAAUCACUGGAUACCAAGGUGUUGGCUGCGGCAUGUGCCGUCAUUGGAAUUUUAGCAAAGGAACCCGAGAACUUAGCAAUUCUUACCGACUACGAUAUUGUACCACGACUUUCCAGCUUGGUGCAUACGGACAAUAUGGAACUCCAGGCUCACUUGUCUCGAGCUAUAGGUUCGUGUUGUCUGUUGAACCGCAACUGUCAUACGUUUGGAAAAUUUGAUGUCGUAUUGCCCAUUUCCAAGUAUAUACACUCAGAUUCUAACAUUGUCAAAGAAAAUGUUACUUUUGCAUUAUAUGGCCUAUCUGGAGAUGCAGCAAAUUGUGUAACUAUGGAAUUAUGCGGAGUGGUUCCGUUUUUAAUGGAAACAAUUUCGUCAAGGGAUCCGGAUGUACAAGAAGCUUCUGCAGGGUGUUUAGCAAAUAUUAGGAAAAUCGCAUUAAACACCCGAAGACUAAAAUAUUACUAAUAAAGCUAUUAGUUAAUUUAAUAAUGACAAGAAAAUGUGAUAUAACAUAAAUUAUAAUAUUAUUGUUAUAUUGAAUUAUUUUUAAAUUUUAUCUAAACGUUACUAAUUUGUUUUUAAAUAUUUUACU